GAUCAGGGGAUUGCGGUGAUGGGGCGAUCGCCGUGCUGCGAGAAGGAGGGGCUGAAGAAGGGGCCGUGGACGCCCGAGGAGGACCAGAAGCUGCUCUCCUACAUCGAGCAGCAGGGCCAUGGCUGCUGGCGCUCGCUGCCAGCCAAGGCCGGGCUGCAGCGGUGCGGCAAGAGCUGCCGGCUCCGGUGGACCAACUACCUCCGCCCGGACAUCAAGCGGGGAAAGUUCAGCCUGCAGGAGGAGCAGACCAUCAUCCAGCUACACGCGCUCCUCGGCAACAGGUGGUCGGCGAUCGCGACGCACCUGCCCAAGCGCACCGACAACGAGAUCAAGAACUACUGGAACACGCACCUCAAGAAGCGCCUCGCCAAGAUGGGCAUCGACCCCGUCACGCACAAGCCGCGCUCCGACGUGCCCGGCGGUACGGGCGGCGGUGCCGACGCCGGCGCGCAGCACGCCAAGGCCGCGGCGCACCUCAGCCACACGGCGCAGUGGGAGAGCGCAAGGCUCGAGGCCGAGGCGCGCCUGGCACGCGAGGCCAAGCUGCGCGCGCUCGCCGCCGCCUCCGCCUCCAACAGCUCCACGUCGGCUCAGUACCUGCCUCACCCCGCCGCCGCGCACGGCCUCGACUCGCCGACCUCCACGCUCAGCUUCGCCGACGGCGGCGCGGCGCUCGCGUCCGUGCUGGAGGCGCACGGCGCCGCCGUGCGCGCCGCCAUGCAGCAGCCCAUGCAAGCGUACGAGGAGGCGUGCAAGGACCAGAGCAACCACUGGAGCAAUGACGUCGACGCCGCCGACGCGGGCUUCGCAGCAGCGGGCUUCACCGGGCUGCUUCUCGACGUUUCCUUGAACCACAACACUACAAGGCAGGCGGGGAGCAUCGACGCCGAAGCGGAGGACGCCAAGGCGCACGAGACGGAGGAGGAGAAGAACUACUGGAACAGCAUACUCAACCUGGUGAACUCGUCGACGUCGCCGGCGGCCGUGCCCGAGCACGAGGAGUACUCGCCGGCGCAGGAGUUCUGA